AUGGCUGGACGCCUUUCCCGGAGGACUUCGGACGGGUUUCGGCAUUUUCGCCAAUGGGUUGGACGUUUCUUCGGGCGGUUGGCAAUAUGGAAAUACGGACGCUUGACAUUUCAUCGCCUGUGGACAUUGCUGUUCAGAUGCCUACCCUUCAAAAGCAAGCCUCCUAUUCCUGCCCCGGAUCCACCUCCCAGUCAGGUCCGACUGCAUGCCCUGAUCAUCGGGAUUGACGACUACAAGUCCGAUCGUGUCCUCAACCUCCACGGAGCAGUGUCUGACGCUGAUGCGGUGAACGAAUACCUACGCAAGGAUCUGCAGGUCCCGGCAACCCAAAUCGUUAAUCUUCGAGACAAGGCCGCCGCCCGGGACGUCAUCCUGCGCGAGUUGCAAGCACUCGGAACGCGUGAAGAUAUACGUAAAGGGGACCAGAUCCUAAUCUAUUACGCUGGUUAUGGCGCGACUGCAGAUACUCCAGACGGUUGGGCUACUAAGGGCGACAAGCUAUCGACGAUCGUACCCUACGAUGGGCUUGCCGAGUCCGACGACGCUCGUCGCAUCUAUCCUAUUCCGCAUCAGACUAUCGAGGCGGUUCUCCGAAAUUUGGCGAGGCAGAUUGGUAACGGGAACGAUAUUACGGUCAUCUUCGACUGUUGUUAUUCCGGUUCUGUUACGACCCCACACGACCCUUCCCGGCUGGUGCGCGGCUUGGAUUUAACGAAAGAGGAUACCAUACCGGCGGAUCUUGACCAGUCUAUUUGGAGAGGGAUAUUAGAGGCCGACGCUCCGGUACCGAGCUUGUCGUGCGUACUGCUGGCUGCGUGUCGCGAGGGCGGCAUAGCGCAAGAAAUCGGAUCUCGUGGACAGUUCACUCAAGCGCUGCUCGAAGCGCUGCGAAGCGUCUCCAGGAGGAAGGUCUCGUACUUAGAACUCCUACAGCGCGUACCGAACAUCCCUGGCCAGAACCCAAUAUGCGAAGGCCAUUGCUUAGAUCGGUCAUUUUUCAACACUCUCGCGCUAGACAAGGAGCGCACGCUGCACCCCAUGCUUUCGAAAGACGACGCGAUUGUCAUCGAUGCUGGCUUUCUUCAAGGUGUCAGCCCGGACGCCGAAUUCAAGAUUUACGCGCAUGAACGCCCCGCCCUUGGCGAUGAGCCGUCGGCGAUCAUGAUACCCAAGUCCGUUCACGCUUCGAGUACCGAUCUGAAGUAUUCGCCCUCUUCGCUUGUCCAGACACUAGACUUCAGUGGCCAGCUAUCGUACUACGCAGAGCAAACUUCACUCGGGAAGGUAGCGGGGCUGCGACUACAUUUGCCAUCGGAUUCGGAGGGCCGAAACACUAUACUUGAAGCGCUGACGAAGGUUUCGCAGCCGCGCACCAGCGGCCCGGCCGUUCUCUCAGUGGACGAUGCUGCACAAGCCGACUUGAGCCUUCUUGUAAGCGCGAACGAAGUCCAAUAUAUCAUAUACGAACCUACGAUCAAGGCUUGUGGGCUAUCAGAGCUGCGUCAGUCAUCCAAGGCAGACACCACGAAGCCUAUCUAUACAGUACUUCGCGCUGCGGCCCACUUCUUCCGUUUCAUGCGUCACUCGCCCACCGAGAAUAGGCUUCGGGACACAGUUCAUGUAGAGGUGUAUGCGCUCGAGGUCGACGAGGAGGGAGAACUAGGUCCGGAUCUGCGGCGUCCAUGGAUCACUUCCGGAGGUAACAUCAACGAGGCCGGGUUCGUCGAUGUCGUCGCGGAUGACGAUACGCCAUACGGUAUCAAGGUUCGAAACGAUUCUGAUACCCCACUCCACAUUUGGGCGUUCUACUUCGACUGCAGCGGGCUUGCGAUCUCCGAAUACUACCGACCACCAGCCAUUGGGCAGGGGGCGGAACCAUCGCUUCCAGCGCACGGUGUACUCACAAUCGGGUACGGUGCUGGUGGUGGCCUACCGUACACGUUCUUCCUGCGCGAAGGCCAAGAGCUUGAUCUCGGUUUCAUUAAGCUCUUCAUAUCGGCGGAGCCCAUCGACUUUUCGAGUAUUGAGCAGCGCUCGCCUUUCAAGGAUCCUGUGGCACGAGGGAAGAAGAAACGGAGCGCCGAGUUUGACGCUGGGUGGGACACUAUUACAAUUGCUGUCGUACAGCGUAAGCCUUGA